CUGGAGCGGCGGGCGCGGCCGGCACGUGCGCGCGUGCGCACGUCUCGCUCCUCUCCUCGCGCGGGGUCGACGCCGCCUCCAUGAUCGUGUUUGUCAGGUUCAACUCCAGCCAUGGCUUCCCCGUGGAGGUUGGUUCAGAUUCCAGCAUCCUCCAGUUGAAAGAGGCAGUUGCCCAGCGACAGGGAGUUCCAGCUGACCAGCUGCGGGUGAUUUUUGCAGGGAGGGAGCUCAGCAAUGACUUGACACUGCAGAACUGUGACCUGGCCCAGCAGAGCAUUGUUCAUAUUGUUGAAAGUCCACAGAAGAACAGUCAGGACAAGGAGAAGACAGAAUAUAGCUGUGUUGGGGGUGUUCCAAAAGCCUUGAAAAGAGAACCUGAGAGUUUAACUCGCAUAGAUCUCAGUACCAGCAUCCUCCCAUCAGUCUCUGCAGGGUUGGCAGUUAUUCUGGAUCCUGGAAAAAACAGUGUUUCACUUCCCUCUGAAAAAUCAGGUGCAGCAAGUUACAACAGUUUUUAUGUUUUUUGCAAAAAUUUCUGUCAAGCUGUGAAGCCUGGAAAACUGAGGGUCCGCUGCAGUGUAUGUAAACAAGGAACCCUGACGUUGGCAAGGGGCCCAUCUUGCUGGGAUGACGUGCUAAUUCCCAACAGAAUAGGAGGUGUUUGUCAGUCCCAAGGGUGCAAUGGAAAUGUAGCGGAGUUUUACUUUAAAUGUGGAGCACACCCAACCACUGACAGUGAAACAUCUGUGGCUUUGAACCUCGUUACAACAAACAGCCGCUGUAUCACAUGUAUAACAUGCACAGAUAUUAGGAGUCCUGUGCUUGUGUUCCAAUGUGUGCAUCGCCAUGUCAUUUGCCUGGACUGCUUCCAUUUGUACUGUGUGACCAUGCUGAAUGACCGCCAGUUCAUCCAUGACCCCGAGCUUGGCUAUUCCCUCUCCUGUGUAGAGAUUUUUACUUGGCUCUGGUUUCUUGCUGACACAGCCAGUCUGGUUCACUCAUUGUUUCAGCACUUUCCAUCAUCAGUCACAGCUGUGCAGGCUGGCUGUCCAGACUCCUUGAUUAAAGAACUUCAUCACUUCAGGAUUCUGGGAGAAGAACAGUACAAUCGCUACCAGCACUAUGGGGCCGAGGAAUGUGUGCUGCAGAUGGGAGGAGUGCUAUGUCCAACCCCCGGCUGUGGGGCAGGUCUGCUUCCUGAGCCAGACCUGAGGAGAAUCGUGUGUGAACCAGGCAAUGGAAUAGGCUGUGGGUCCGUGUUCUGCCGUGAAUGUAAAGAAGAAUUCCAUGAAGGGGAGUGCAACUCUCUCCUCAGCCCACCAGGAGCCAUGGCCCAGAAGGGGUAUGUGGUUGAUGAACAUGCAGCCAUGCAAGCUCGAUGGGAAGAAGCAUCUAGAGAAACAAUCAAGAAGACAACCAAGCCAUGCCCUAACUGCAAUAUUCCAGUAGAAAAAAAUGGUGGCUGCAUGCACAUGAAAUGUCCUCACCCUCAGUGCAGGUUUGAGUGGUGCUGGAACUGUGGCCUGGAGUGGAACAGAACCUGCAUGGGAGAUCACUGGUUUGAGUAGCAGGGCUGAGGCCAGUCCGUGUUGCUGCUAAAGCUUGUUUUUAUCAGGGUCAAAUUGUGAACCACUUGCUUAAACUAAAACCCCAGUUGUUUUAGGGACACAGAGUUCAGAAGUUGGCCUAUUUUGUUGGCUUUUGGCUUUAUUGCAUAUGCAAUCAUACCAAAAUCACAUUGAAGUUAUGCCAAGGCUUUUAAAUACACUAAGUUAAAAGAAUAAUUGUUUUAAUGGACAGACUUGCUCAUCAUGGUACAAAGAGGGGCAAAUUACAGCUUUCUGAACUUGCAGAAUAUCAACAUGGAGAGUUGGCAGGGUUACCAUGAGGAACCUUAGUUGACAUUUAUAGUCAUGAAUCCAUAACUCUUGCAAGAGGGAACAACCUGCAUAUGUGUACGUGUCUGAGGGGGGAAGAUGUUCCCUGCAUCAUCUGCUUUUUUUCUUUGACCACUUCUUCACUCAUUCAGUACAACUUUUGAUUUCGAGGCAGUAUUUCUUAGCAGCAUUUUUGGCAGAAGGAAGGCUGUGGCUCUUCAGUGUUUUCUCAGGGUUUCUUCCUAACAGGCUUUCUGCAGGGGUUUUGCUUUAAAUGAAAUUCUCAUGGAAACACCCAGCUUUAUGCCAUAAAUGUGCUUGUGUAUUUGUGAUAUACAACACAAAGCCAGCCUACCUACUCAUUACAGACUUUGUUACCAUGGGAAGAUUAGCUAAGCAUGCAGUUUCAGCCCUGUCCAUGGUUGGUGCAGUGGUGACUGGAUCCAAUUAUGUGUUGUGCAAGCUACACUCACAGGGCUUCAUUUUUCUUGUACUUAUGGAAUGCUUUGGACGCGGCAAAGUGAAGCAGGAGGGGACUUCUCAGGGCUUUUCUCUACCAUGAUUCUUCUAAAUUGAAUUAGAAUAUGAGUAUUAUUCUGAAAAUAUAUUUAUUGCUCUAAUGUUGUGGGGCAGAGGGACAGCUUCAUUUUACAAUGUUAACACAGUAAGUAAAGUUUAAUAGCAUUUCCAAGUCUGAACAAUUUUAUUGUUUGUGAUCUUUACAUUGAUGUUUUACUCUGAAAUUAAAUGGAUAAUGUCCACAUCCGACACACCAUGUAAGGAUUUACACAAUUUAGUUCUGGGGGGAAAAAACGCACAAUAAAUAAAGUGGUCAAAAUUUUAAA